CAGUCCUGACCAAAUUCAAAUCCAAGAGCGUCGAAACAUCCACUUUCCCUCCUAAACGCAUCGUUUUCGUUUCCCCAGAAAAUUCAGAGAGAAUGGAGACCACGAAAGUCACCAAGGGCGCCGGCGGAAGAAGAGGCGGAGAGAGGAAGAAGUCGGUGUCUAAGUCAGUAAAAGCCGGCCUCCAGUUCCCCGUCGGUCGUAUCGCACGUUUCCUCAAAAAGGGCCGCUACGCCCAGCGCACCGGUACCGGCGCUCCCAUUUACCUCGCCGCAGUCCUCGAAUACCUCGCAGCCGAGGUGCUGGAGUUGGCGGGAAACGCGGCGCGUGACAACAAGAAGACGCGGAUCAACCCGAGGCACGUGCUCCUGGCCGUGAGAAACGACGAGGAGCUUGGAAAGCUCCUCGCCGGAGUGACCAUCGCAAGUGGCGGCGUGCUCCCGAACAUCAACCCAGUCUUGCUUCCGAAGAAGACCUCCGGCUCCCAGGAAGGCGAGAAGGCGCCCAAAUCUCCCAAGGCAGCAAAGUCGCCCAAGAAGGCAUAAAAUGCAUGCCGUUCUUAGAGCUAUUAAUUAAUCUAGCGGGAAUAUCUACAAAGCCUAGGGGUAUUUUGGUCUUUUGGUUAAUCUGUGUAACCAUGUGUGUAGUUUGUUGUGCAAAAAUGCAGUAGGGGUAUAUCUGGAAUUCAAUGGAAAAAUUCUGGUUUUGUGAUUAAAA